AAGGAUGUGGGGAUGUCGGAGUCUAUAUCAGGAAAACUAGGUGUGAGGUUGGAACAAACCCUGGAUGAAACAAAAGUUCACAGCAGUGCACCUUACACACAAAUAUUCACACACUCAAUCGCUUUUUCAGUCUGCCUACAUGGAUGUUUGGAAGGUGGGAGAAAACUGGAGAACCCUGAGGAAACCUGCGUGAACAUGGGGCAAAUAUGCACAUAACCUUUGUACAAACGGUCACACAAACUCAUUGAGUUAGUGGGUUACCAUGCUUACCUUGUACCCCUGGGGUUGGGGGUUCGAAUCCUGCCUCGACCUUGUGUGUGUGGAGUUUGCAGUCUCCAAAUGCAUCAGGCGCUUCCUCUGGGUGGGGGUAAUGUAGCAGUAUGGAAAAUGGAUGGAAGGAUGGAUUAAUUUGAAAGUGGUUCGUGGUCGGUGUUAUUUUGUUGCUGUAGGAAUUUAUUUAUAUAACUAUAAUAACAACAACUACAGCAACUUGUGAAAGCGUUAAAAAAUAAUCCUAAAAUAAUCGCAGGCUUCUUGGUUUCUUGCCUGAGAUGCACACUACAUAGUGUACACUACAUAUAGUACAGCUGAGUGCGGAACCUUUGUGUUCGUGUCUUGUUUCUGGGGGACUACUGUACGCGUUGCGACCGUGCUUCUGUUUUUUUUUUUUUUCCUCUUCCUCCUCCUCUUUAAGUCGUGUGACGGCGUCUCUGGUUUGGAGUAUUUACGCCACUCCGCUUUUAUUGAAUGUUAUAUUUUGUUUUAUAUUUUUAGAUAAAGACUCGGAUACAGAGAGCGAGACAAUUAUCCGUCCAAGGUUUUUGACCAAAGAUGUGAUGAGUUAAAGGUAACAGUAUUUUUACGCGUGAAGAAGAGCGGCUGCUGCUGUCGGGGGGGAAAAGACCCGACCCAAGUGAUUAUUAUUAUUAUUAUUAUUAUUAUUUUUAAACCGGACAUUAAAAGAUGAUGUUUGGGCAUGACUACUGAGCAUUGUAUUAAAAACAAACAAACAAACAAAAAACCAAAGCGUGGAUAGCUGGAAUAGCGUUAUUGAUGUAGAGCAGAAACGACCGUUCGUGUACAUAGCGUUUAUUUCUGUCAGUUUCGUAACUAAGUGAGUGGGUGAGACUUAUUGAACUGAGAGAUUCCGACGUGUAAUUUGGUACUUCUUCAUUUGUGGCUGGUUUAAAUCAGGAAGAACAGAGCAACAUUGUUACUGAGGAAUCCAGACAGUUUUUUGGGGGUGGUUAAAUGUUAAAAAUGAGAUUUUUUUAACCCUUAGGAAUAUACCCAGCUCUUAAGAAUAUCCUGUUUUAGUUUGUUUCCUAUAUAAUGAUCUGUACUGCAUGGAAAAUGCACACUGACCCAACGACAUGUCAAGUCGUAGUCGACAUCCUGCUGAGGGUUUCGCUGUAUUAAUUGUCCUCAGUUCAGAAUAAAAGAUGUCCCUUUCAGAGCAAGCCUAGUUUUCCAGCUUACCUCAUUCACAAGGCGUUUCUCGGUACCGUGAAGAACUUAAGGGACUGUUAGAGUCAGAGCUGUCCCUGCUAUCCGGACUACUCCAGAGGACUCGCAGGACAUCGAUCCACUUUCAAUCAUGCGCCUGUCCCCUUUCCUUGCCGUCUUCCGGCCAGCCCUGCCUCUCAUCCUGGGCUUGUCGUUGGGAUGCAGUCUCAGCCUGCUUAUGGUGUCCUGGACGCAGGGGGACACGGACGAGGUCUGCAGCGAUCAGCUGCGUCUUGGACUACUUCCGGGCGCCCGUGUCGGAGAACCCGAGAGAGUGGAAGGAGGGGACAGGAGCGAGGAUUUCCAACCUCGCAUUGUACCCUAUAACAAGGACCCGAGCAAGCCACAUAAGAAAGUGCUCAGGACCCGUUAUAUCCACACAGAACUUGGCAUUCGUGAGCGCCUCCUGGUGGGCAUCCUGACCUCGCGCGCCACCCUUAACACGCUGGCCGUGGCGGUGAACCGUACCGUGGCCCACCGCUUCCACCGCACCUUUUUCUUCACCGGCCUCCGCGCCACCAAGCUGCCCCACGGCAUGACCGUGGUCGCUCACGGUGACGACCGACCCGUCUGGCUCAUGUACGAAACCAUCCGUCACCUGCAUCAGCACCACGGCAACGAAUACGACUGGUUCUAUCUGGCCCAGGACGACACAUACACACAGGCAGAGCGCAUCAUGAACCUAGUGGGGCAUUUGAGCGCGGGACAGGAUCUCUACAUGGGCCGCGCAGAAGAGUUUAUCGGCGGUGAAGAGCGAGCUCGCUACUGCCACGGCGGGUACGGCUACCUGUUGUCACGGAGCCUGCUGGCCCGGCUACAGCCACACCUCGACGCUUGCCGCAACGACAUCCUCAGCGUCAGGCCUGACGAGUGGCUGGGCCGCUGCAUUAUCGACUACCUGGGACUGAGCUGCAUGGAAAAGCACCAGGAGAUGACCUACUAUUACUUUGAGCUGCAGAAAAACGCAGACCCUGAUCGCGAGGACAGCACGCAGUUCAAGAACGCCUUCACCGUGCACCCAGUCUCAGAGCCGGCGCUCAUGUAUCGCUUACAUAAACGCUACAGCCAGAUUGAACUGGACUGGACCUACACCCAAAUACAGCAGCUACAGGUUCAAAUCAACAAUCUGAGUGAGCUCACUCCAGAAGGCAAAGCAGGAGCCACCUGGCCCAUCGGGGUCAACCCGCCUUUCCGUCCCAAGACACGAUUUGAAGUAAUCAACUGGGAGUAUUUCACAGAAGAGCACAUCUACUCCUGCGCCGACAGCUCCCCGAAGUGCGAGCUCCGUGGAGCAGACCGUGCAGACGUCGACUCCAUUUUGGAGACCGCCGUGGAGCGUUUAAACGAGCGCUAUCAACCACAGCUGCGUUUCCGGAAGCAGCGUUUGUUGAACGGCUACCGCCGCUUUGACCCCACACGUGGUAUGGAGUAUAUACUGGAUCUGGCCCUACAGGCCUUCACGCAGAAAGGCCACAGUCAGGUGAUCGCCAAGCGCGUGGGCUUGCUAAGGCCUCUCAGCUCCAUAGAGAUCAUUCCAAUGCCCUAUGUAACUGAAGCAACGAGAGUGCAGGUCAUCCUUCCAGUGACUGCACGGGAUCAGGACUUUGUGGGAAACUUUCUGGACACGUACGUGAUGAACACUUUGGACACGCGGGACAAUGCUCUACUGACCUUCCUUUUUGUGUAUGACCCCUUCGAUGCACAGAGGGUCAGCCAGACCGACGUGUUUGCCAGUGUGAAAUCUAUGAUCAGCGAGGUGGAGAAGCGCUACAGCGACGUGAAGAUCCCGUGGAUCAGCGUCAAAACAGAGGUUCCGUCACAGGUCAAGCUGAUGGACAUCAUCUCCAAGAAGCAUCCAGUGGACACGCUUUUCUUCCUAGCCAGCGUGUGGACCGAGGUCACCGGCGACUUCCUGAACCGUUGCCGUAUGAACGCCAUCAGUAACUGGCAGGUCUUCUUCCCUGUUCAUUUCCAAGAGUACAGCCCAGCUCUAGUGUACCGCGACCAGCAACCUUCCGCGGCGUCGUCGUAUUCUUCCGAGGUGCUCCGAGACGGCCGCUUCGACCGGCACGCGUUCGACGAGGCCUGUUUUUACAACGCGGACUACAUGGCAACCCGUACCAAGAUGGCCAAUGACGUCAUGGACAAUGACGAGCUUCUGGAGAGCAUGGACGUUUACGAGAUUUUCGUGCGCUACUCCAGCUUACACGUCUUCCGGGCCGUGGAGCCGGCUCUGAUCCAGAAAUACGUACGGCGAGCCUGUAACCCCCGGUUCAGCGAAGACAUCUACCAUCGCUGUGUGCUGAGCAAUUUAGAAGGGCUGGCCUCACGCUCGCACUUAGCUAUGGCUCUGUUUGAACAAGAGCAGGCAAACAGCACCUAGGACAUGUUGCUGGAAAGGGAGGUAGCCCCGCCUCUCGGGAGUCUCAUUCUGCCAUUGUAUCUGGCCUUACUGAACAUUAGUCUGCAAACUGUGAAAACCAACCUUUAAUAAUUCCAUGAUGAACUUGUUGAACGUAUAUCCGAGAAUAUAGAAUGUGAGACCGUUUCAGUAAAGCAAAUCCACGUUAAACGACGACACUGAUUAAAGAUAUCUUAUUCA